AUGGAUUUCACAGGACAAUUCAGACUCGACGAAGACUCGAUGGCUAUAAAUAUCUUCCAAACACCUAUUAAAGGGUUAAUAUAAGGUAUUUUUAAACUUUUCAUCUCCAUUCCCUAUAAUAUAUUACCUGUUUAUGGCGGAAUAUUUUCGCGCUUAUACUACAAUUUUGCUAAUUGCAAUUCAUAAGCAAACACAAAUCAGAAAUUAUUUGUUUAGACUGAACCUUUCGAUAAACCAAAGAUUUAAUCAGAUCUAUUCAAAACUUAGAAAAAGUGGAGUCUAAAAUAUAUCAGCAAUCGAGUAAUGAAGGAAUUAUCUCAUGAAGCUAUUGCUUAUAGUGAUAUUUGCUAAUAAUUGACUGAUGAAAUGAUUUAAGAAUUAGAUGGAAAAUAAAAUGAUAGACAGAAAGAAAUCAAAAAUCUUAGAAGAAGAGUUUAUGAUGCUUUGAAUGUCAUGAUUUCUAUUGGAAUAGUAGUCAAAGAGAAUAAAAUGAUGAAAAAGAAUUCUGAAGCCUAAGUGAAUCUAACAAAGUAGAAUUUAAUAAUACGAAAACAAAAAUUAAAAGAAUAAUUAUAAAUAAAAAAAGCAUCAGCAACAACAUAAAUUUAACAGCAAGACACUCUUAAAAAAUUAGUAGAAUUGAACAAAAUGAGGGAUGUAGAUGAAAGUGAGAAGAUCAGAUUUCCAUUCAUUCUUGUCAAAACCUAAUUAAAUAAUGUUGAUGAAGAUGAAUUAGUCUUAGAGUAAAACAAAUAGAUGGACUAUUUGAAAGUAUUUAGUAAAAAUCAACUUGAUCUCCAGCUAGAUCUAACUGUAGUACAAAAACUAUUUUAAAGCGAACACAUGAUUUUGUGA